AUGACUAUCUCACCCACUAGUGUAUCCCCGGUGGCUCAGCCGUGGCACGCGGUAUAUCCCGAUCCGAAAUCAACCGCUCCGUCUAUCUCCCGCGCGGAGGUCUUGAAUUGGUUUCGGGAGGGUAAACGAGCCGGACGGGAUUUUGUCCUUGUGGAUCUUAGACGGACAGAUUCUGAGGGUGGAACCAUCUAUGGCUCAUUGAAUCUCCCAGCACAAACUAUCUUUUCUUCUUUACCAACAUUGUAUACCCUUCUCUCGGGUGGCGAUGUUAAACAAGUAGUUUGGUACUGCGGCUCAUGCGGAGGACGCGGCACUCGUGCGGCCGCUUGGUUUGCGGAUUACUUGGAAAAGAAGCAGGACUCGUCGAUGCAGAGUUUGGUGCUUGAGGGUGGCAUUAAGGGCUGGGUCGCCUCCGGAACGGAUUACACCGAGUGGAUGGAUGAGUAUGAUGCUACUGUCUGGGCGAGGAAGUAG